AACCAAAGUCCACCACAAAAAGAAAAAGAAAGAACAAUGGCGAUAAAGAGAUCGAGCAAAGCAACGUCGUCUCAAGCAGCAUCUAUAAAGCAAAUGGUAAAGAGAUGCUCGAGCCUAAGAAAGAUGAGGAACCAAGAUGAUGAUGGUCUUCCACAAGACGUACCAAAAGGUCAUUUCCCGGUUUACGUGGGACAGAACCGAAGUCGGUACAUCGUUCCCAUCUCAUGGCUCGACCACUCCGAGUUCCAAACUUUGCUCCAACUAGCUGAGGAAGAGUAUGGUUUUGACCAUGAUAUGGGUAUAACCUUACCUUGUGAUGAAGUCUUCUUCAGGUCUCUCAUCUCCAUGUUUAGAUAAAAGGUCAUGAUCACUAUUCUUGAAGAAGAAAACUCUAUUCUUGAAGCCGAUCAGAUCAGUAUAAAUCCAAGAACAAGAAGAAACAAAACAAGCCAAUUUUUUUUACGAUUUUUCUGAUUAAGAAGGAAGAACAUGGUUAAAGAUCGAGCUUUCGUAGGCAUUAUUAAACCUUUUGGGGGUUAUUUUUUUUUCUUAACUAAAUUUGUUAGUCAUUAUUUUACAUAUUUUGUAAAAGUUUGGGGUUGGGUGGGCGACUUUUUCCCUCAAGUCAACGUAAAAAAGGUUGACUGAUGAUCUUGAGAGGAUUAGCUAGUUAACAUUUUUCUACAAAUUAAUUGGUUAUGAUCAUUAAUCAAUCAAGAUAUUAUUAAUGUAUAGGUGGUUUUUGUGUAACGAUGUACAAUGUGUUAUCAUCUGAAUUAAUGAAUCCCCAUACUAUGUUGAUAUUUGUAAUACA